AGCGUGGUGGGUGGAGAGGAAUUUUUUGUUUAUUUUCGUGGCCAGUUAAGCUGUGUUGUGAAAUUAUUGUAACUCGUUUAUUCGGUUUUACUCGGGAAAAAAAACAAACAGAUAAGCGUCUGAGUGUUUAUCUAAAGUGUUAUUUUUAAAAUCUCGUGAGGUAGCGGAUUUGGGCCAGGUUAGCUCGCGAGCUAGCGUGAAGUUGAUGAGCGUCUUGUAGCGCUACUUAGCUGUUAGCUUAUGUGCUAGCAGGCUAUCCACAACAUUAAUGCAAGCUAGAUAGCAAAUGACAUUAAAGAAGCGAACGCCACGCAGUUAUCAUCUUCUACUACCCGAACUAACGCUUCUGUGCGGAGAAAUCACUGUUGCUAAGCUUUGGCAGCAUUGUAUCAACAGUACUUCCACCUUGACACUUCAGCUGGUAAAGACAUAGAGGAUACAACUUGAAAGUCUCCUUGAGGUUGAAACCCAAGAAGCAAGAUGUCAAUCACGAACACUCCCACAAGCAACGAUGCCUGUCUGAGCAUUGUGCAUAGCCUGAUGUGCCACCGACAGGGAGGAGAGAGUGAAAGCUUUGCUAAGCGAGCGAUAGAGAGUCUUGUCAAAAAGCUGAAAGAGAAGAAAGAUGAGCUGGAUUCCCUUAUCACAGCCAUCACUACGAAUGGAGCUCAUCCCAGCAAGUGUGUAACCAUACAGAGAACUUUGGAUGGACGCCUACAGGUUGCAGGACGCAAAGGUUUUCCCCAUGUUGUCUAUGCCCGACUGUGGCGAUGGCCUGAUCUACACAAGAAUGAAUUAAAACACGUGAAAUAUUGCCAGUAUGCCUUUGACUUGAAAUGUGACAAUGUUUGUGUCAACCCAUACCACUACGAGAGAGUCGUCUCUCCAGGCAUUGAUUUAUCAGGGCUGACCCUUUCAAGUUCAGGUCCACUCUUGGUAAAGGAUGAGUAUGACUAUGACAACCAGCAAUCUCACUCAAGCUCUGAAAGCCACCUGCAGACUAUCCAGCAUCCCCCAUCAAGACCCGGUCCACAGGAGACCUUCAGCAGCCCUGCUCUGCUCCCCCCGUCAGAGGGCAGCAGUUCAGCUUCAACCUCUGCUUUCUCUACCAUCAGUGCUGGACCCUCAAAUCCUCCCCCUAACUGGAGCAGAAACGGCAGCUUCCCCCCUGCAGUGCCUCAACAUCAGAAUGGGCAUCUACAGCAUCACCCACCUAUGCCUCACACAGGACAUUACUGGCCUGUCACCAAUGAAAUUGCGUUCCAGCCCCCCAUAUCCAAUCACCCUGCUCCAGAUUACUGGUGCUCCAUUGCAUACUUUGAGAUGGAUGUUCAAGUUGGGGAGACGUUUAAGGUGCCAUCCACAUGCCCAAUAGUGACUGUGGAUGGCUACGUUGAUCCAUCAGGAGGGGACCGCUUUUGCUUGGGCCAGCUGAGUAAUGUCCACAGGACAGAGAACAUAGAGAGAGCCAGGCUCCACAUUGGCAAAGGCGUGCAGCUCGAGUGCAAAGGUGAAGGAGACGUGUGGGUGCGCUGUUUGAGUGAUCAUGCAGUGUUUGUACAGAGCUAUUACUUGGAUCGAGAGGCUGGACGUGCCCCUGGAGAUGCAGUUCACAAGAUCUACCCCAGUGCUUACAUCAAGGUGUUUGACUUACGUCAGUGCCACAGGCAGAUGCAGCAGCAGGCAGCGACAGCUCAGGCAGCAGCUGCAGCCCAGGCAGCAGCAGUGGCUGGGAACAUUCCCGGGCCAGGCUCUGUGGGAGGCAUCGCCCCUGCCAUCAGUCUCUCUGCUGCUGCAGGCAUUGGGGUUGAUGACCUGCGCAGGCUGUGCAUCCUGCGGAUGAGCUUCGUGAAGGGCUGGGGGCCAGACUACCCGCGGCAAAGCAUCAAAGAGACGCCCUGCUGGAUUGAGAUCCAUUUACACCGAGCUCUGCAGCUACUGGAUGAAGUUCUGCACACCAUGCCCAUAGCUGACCCCCAACCCCUUGACUGAGUUAAAAGACAUGAACUGUACAAAAAAAGAAAACAAUCAGACUGUACUUUUUUAACAGACCACUCCACUUAUAGGUCCGAAGUGCAGAUGGAGGACUGUACGAGUAGGAACAAGGGCAUAAAGGCCGGCAGUAUACUCCAACCUGCUUUCAAAUCCAGCGCUGCAAGCAGUUUGCCAGUAUACAUGAGGCUCCAGGUCAGUAAGUUCAGUGACUUCCAAACAACAGCUGGAGAGGAACCUGUAAAGCACACUGGGAGGAGUCGUUGCACUCUGGAAACAUGCUGCCACGAGGAUGAAAAAGGAAGCCCGUAUUCUGGCAUUUGUUGUCCAAUUAAAACUUAAUUACAGCAUGAAGUGAACAAAGCUGUGUGUCUCUUAAAUCUCACGUGGAUUCAAAAAUACUCACACACUGAUGUGGACUUAAGAAUGUGACCACAGCAAGAUUAAAAGAUACAAAAUUCCCAUCAAUUAUUCCAUGAGCUUUUGUGUUACACAAUAGAAACCACAAGAGAGCGUAGGGUGUCAGAAACAAAAAUGAUUUAUGCUCAGCUGUCAUCUUUUUUUCAGGGAGAAUAUUUCCACAUUUAAGAGUGUAAGCUGUACAAAGCCCUUGUAACUAUUUAGCAGUCCCUCCAGGAUGUUGCUAUGACAACCGUUAACUAAAUUCAUCCAAUUGCUGUGAAUUUUGCAUGACCUUGCAAUUUUGUGCAGUCACAACUUUUCCGCAGAUUUUACAAUAUAAAAUGGGUAAAAUCUCAUGUCACUGUAGAUCUACACGCAGCAUAUUGAUUUGAGGAGAGCAGCUUGUGGAGAUGGUUCUUUAGCGCUGCAUCAAACAGCAGCGACAGCUGAUCGUCUGCUCUUGUCCGAUUCUGUUGGAAACACUGAAUGCCUCAAAGCUAGCUCUGAAUCAGUAUUAGCAUCACUGCUAUUUUUGCAAUUUCACUUGCUGCCACAAUUUUAUUGAUAAGCAUAAACAUGCACCAUAGUUUUUUGAGAAAGCUGCCAUGAAAUCAGACAUUUCAGGCCGCAAUAAUCCCCCCAAACAGGCCUUGAGAUCCUGGAGGGACUUAUUUAGUGAGACAGCAAACUGUUAAACUCUAAACCAGUUAAGCUGAGCGCAUUGUGAUACCUUGUAUUGGAUUAAUACCUGUCUGAACACACUGCAUGUCAUUUCAGUUGGAGUAUACUGCCGAUCCAGUCCUCCUUCGCUGGCUCUUCAUGCUUGUAUGGCUUCAUGUAAGUGGAGUUUUUCACCUCACAAAUCAGGACAUUUAUGUAAAAUGCUAUUCAUUACUUAUGUUCUUGUAAGCUGUAAUCUUUAAAUAUUUUUCAAUGCUGAUGGUCCUUGUUUGAUGUUUUUUUGAUUUAUAUACCCCUUUUGAAUAGUUGUUUUUAUGAUGUAAAGAGCAUUUGAAAAGCCUCUUUAAGCUGACCUCAGCUUCUCUUUCAACACCAUAAAAUGUCCGUCAUUUUACCACCAGUCAAGGCUGUUACGAUAUUGAGAAGCAAUGUUUAUGACUCAAGUUUUUCAGACGCCAAAAUUAUUAAAUAUUUUCAAAAGGAAAGGUUAUUAUAACACAUCAUAAUAUUAUUUGUAAUUGUAAUUUUUUUUAAAUUAGAUGCCCACAUAGUGUCCAUUAGCACUUUAUUAAUUUGCCUGAGUAUUUUGUCUUGUUUCAUAGUCUCAUGCGUGGUUACUUGUAUCCAUAUAAUUUCUUAGCAUAGUUAAAAAGUUAUUCUCGCCAAUGACCUCGGUGACAUCCAUUAAAAAUGAGCUUCAAAUUAUCUGCCUAAAAAUCCGUUUUCAGUAUCAAACACUUAUCCACAGCAAAUUAUACAGGUGUAUUCAGUUGUGGCGUAACUGUGGUUUAUGAAAUUUGAAAUCUUGUCUAUUUAGGAUUAAAACCACAGUUAAACGGCCACCUUUUAAACCUGCAAGUGGUCAAUCUUUGAUACUUGAAAGUCAAAUUUUGGGUGGAACAUCACUUUAAGAUGGCUCACUGCCACCCAUUUUAACUUGAGUAUUACUUGGAUGACACAUACCAUAACGUAUUCUAGACAACAGCUGAGUAAAGGAGGCAAGGAACGAACUGUGAGAGGAAGUGUAAGCCAUAUUGAUGCCAAAUAUACAUAUAAGAAAAGUGAAAAGGUUAUCAGACUGCAGUCGGUUGUGUUCCGUCGCUUGUAAAGCUUGGUUUUAAUUGUCAACUGAAUGAUUUCAGUUUUUGCUCAGCACAGUUGAUCAAACAAUAUUUUGGUAUUUGGAGCUCUGUUUACCCACAGCUGUCGCAGUAUUUUAUACUCUUUUGCUACCUUUACAGUAAUGAACCACAAAAAAAGAAGAAUGCUGUACAAUUUUCAGGAAAUGCAAGUUCAUGCUCAUCUUAAUCUUUACAAUUGUGUCAUACACUCUGAAUACAUACCGAGUUUGAAUGAAAUUGGUGUUUAUAUGUAUGAGUAUGGUUGAAUAAAACUCAAUGGGCUAACA